AUGGCAACAACGAUGAAGCUGGUCAUCUCACUGUGCGUGGUCGCCAUAUCGUGCCUUGCCGUCUCAGAUGCUUUCCUGAUGAGCGUCAACGAUCACCUGAUUAAAUCCUGCUCCGGUUUCGCGGAGAAGAAGCGCGGCGAGGGCUACCGUUGCAACUCCGAGGUCAUUGACCACGUCCACGACUACGCCGAGCAGUUCGACAUCGCCGGCUACGACGGUGACCUGGUCGAGAACUACCUCGACAUGGCCAAUGGUGGCGGUAUGUGCUACAUGGAAGGUGCUGCUCUCCGCGUCGUGAAGGGUGAAUGCGCAGCCAUGGAGCUUGCCUGCAAUGACGUUGAACCCAAGGUCAUCGAUUUCUGUUCCAAGCUCAAGAAGGCCCAAGCAGCCGCCACCACCGCUACCCCAACCACCACCGAUACCCCCACCGAGGCACCAGAGAAGCCAGAGGUCGAGGUCCCCACCGUCGGCGGACGCGCUCACGCCUUCCAGUAAAUUAACGCUUUCGACGACGAAUUCAUUCAUGCCUUCGUCGAGUCAUACUGUAUCAUAUCACCAUGGCGACGAUAGAAAGAGAUUAAUAACGUUACCAUGCAAGG